AUGCUUCGAUGCAAUCUAACAAAACUACUUUUGCUACUCAUCGUUCUCAUUGUUCCAACGUUAGAAGGUGGUACUGUGCCAUUCUAUCGAUAUUCAAAUAGUAAUGAUCAUUUUUAUACCACCAACGCAGAUGAAAUUGGGACAACAACCCCAGGUGCUCUUGGAAGAUUUGGUUACAGAUAUGAAGCCGUUGCAUGUGAAAUCUUUCCAUCAGCACUUUCCGCAGUUAACAUUGUGCCCUUAUACAGAUAUGUUAGUACCAGUUCACCUCGUCAUUUUUACUCGAUCAAUUGGCAAGAAAUUGGUACACAUACUCCUGGUGUUGCUACAAAUGGUUACAGAAGUGAAGGUAUUGCUGGUUAUGUUUACCCGACUAAGCAGCCUGGUACAUGUCCGUUGUACCGUUAUAUUAAGAAUCGGGAACAACGACAUUUCUAUACAGUUAAUCCCUGUGAAAUCGGAUCAAUUACUCCAGGUGUUGUUGGCCAACAUGGUUAUAGAUUUGAACAGAUUGCCGCUUAUGUCCAUGUUCAGCAUGUAAGUGAUGUAUCCUUACCUGGACAUAAAUUUUUUCGUAAUGAUCGUGAUUCAGUUGGUGGUGGAUGUGUAUUUUAUGUGAAAGAUAGUGUACCGUCAGUUGAAGCAGCUAGAAGAACAGAUUUGAAAUCUUAG